AUGUCUAAAGCACAUGGUCAGUCUUCCUUUUACGAAUCGCGAUCGAUAUACUGGCCAGAAAGAACCACAAAGUCGCUCGAGCCAGACCAGGAGAGACAACCACCCCCACCACCAAAUGCGGAGAUUGAUGUGAGAAAUGAUGAGGCACGGGAUGAUGAUUCGAGAAAUCGCAUCUUGAGGCUGGAACUGAUGUUUGAAGAUUCUCAAACCCAAACCUUGAUGCUCGGAACACAAAUCGAGUACCUUGAGAAUCAUAUCACAGAGCUGGAAGCACAAUACAUUGAGUCUCAGAAUCGGCUGAGAAUCCAAGGCGAUAACUCUGAGACUCGCAUCACGGCGCUAGAAGCAAAUGUUACCCGCCAAAGAGCACUUCUCGCCAGGCGAGUAGUCCGACGUAGGAUUCUGUCCAACAGGGAAAGAGUUCGCUUAAGAAGAGCAAACCGAAGACUUAGACGACGCUUGUUGGUCAUGGAUGCAGUGCAAGAUGUACACGGCUUGGCUGAUGGAUGGAGAAUUUGA